UUUAAAACAAAUCUUACGUAGCCUAUUAAAUUAUUUGGAUUCCAUAUCUGAAUAGAUAUAUUGCCAGUCAAUGUAUCUUUAUUAUGCGUGUUUACCAGGGUACUCAACUAUUUGUGAUUUCCUCUGGGCAACUCACGUGUUACAAAUGGGCGGAUUCGAUACAAACGACUGCAACGUUUGUUAGAAAUGUCGAAUUUAGCGUUUGGAUAGAAACCACACAGGAAGAGGUCUUGAGGACGGAUGUAACCCAAUGACCAAUGUCGCGAGUGGUAACGAACGGUUUGCCCAGUCAUUGUGAUUUGACAAAUGUUUCUCCCAACAUUGUGACAGGCUAGUUGUAUUUUCUUUCCUUGAGACGUGCUUUGGAUUCCUCUUCUACCUUCAACGAUUUGGACCAGUAGCCUAAUUACCGGGCAGAAACCAAGACAUGGGGACUCAGGGCACAGGACGUAAAAGAAAUCCCAUUAAGGACAGGUCGACGGCCGAGGAUGAUACCCUUAAUCUCAUUGCAAGAGAGGCAGAGGCCAGGCUUGCUCUGAAGAGGGCGGCCAGGGCAGAGGCCAGAGAAAUCCGUAUGAAGGAGCUGGAGGGACAACAGGAGGAGGUGGAGGACAGAGAUUUCCUGGAAAAGGGAUCUCAAUCUGCUUCCACCAUAACGGCAGCUACCCUCGCUUCACUCAGCGGGUCUUCCUCCCGGAGUGGAAGUGGCGAAUUGUCAAUGACUGGCGACACAGAGACCUCCAUACUAGAGAACAAGGAUUCCCUUGUGGAGGAGAAGUACCGCAAGGCCAUGGUGUCCAACGCUCAGCUGGACAAUGAGAAGAACAACCUGAUGUACCAGGUAGAUAGGCUGAAGGACUCGCUCAUGGAGCUGGAAGAGCUGCUGUCCGAGUCACGCCGCGAGUACGAUGCAAAGACCAAGGACUUUGAGUGUGAGAAACAUGCCUACGGCGUGCUCCAGUUCCAGUUCAACGUGAUGAAAGAAACGCUAAAACAGAGCGAGGAGUUACUAACGGAGAUCUGUCAGUUGCGUCUCAAGCAGGACAGCUUUGUUAGGGAAAUAUCUGACCUGCAGGAAACUGUAGAGUGGAAGGAUGAAAAGAUUGGGGCCUUAGAGCAACAAAAGAGGUAUUCGGACGCCAUCAAAAAUGAGCGAGAUGAUCUCAGGAAUGAGCUGGUCCAGCUGAAAGAUAUUCUGAAGAAACAUGGAAUUGUCCUCGGACCUAACCUGACCACCAAUGGGGAAAAGGUGGAGAUGGUAACUGAAAGGUCAGCUAGUAGAGAUCCAGCUUCUCAAUUGGCUCAGGACUCCCAUACAUCACCCACAGAAAGGGGGAACAUCAUGCUCGGCAGAGCUCAGGAUAUGGAAUUGGGAAGUAGAGGAGAUAAGAUGGUGGAUCCAGGAAGGUCCAGGCCGCAAGUGGAAACACAUGAGGCGGUUCAAGAGAGCCAUCUGACCUCGCCCACUCCCUGUAGCCUCGCUGGUGUUUCUGAAACCAAAACUUCUAUGGAGGCUCGGCCAUGCUCGCCCAAAUUGGGGGUUGAGAUUGAAUGCAGUAAUGUCAACAAAGACUCUGACAAUGGCAUACUGGUAGUAGAGGUCAAGCAUGGACCGGUUUGCGAUUCUGAGGUAAUUGUGGUUGUAACAGUUCCUGAGGAAGAGCUUACAGGGGAGGGAUACAAACCAGCAGGCAUGGAGGGGACAGUGCAAGGGAGAGUAGAGGCCACAAACAAAUGGGAAAUGGGAAUAAAAAAUGACAAGGCAGAUGACAUGGAGGCCAAAGUCACCAAGAGUAGUGAUCACACAAAAGAGCCUACCUCAGAAUAUGGUGCAUUAGCUGAACAAGAUAAUAUAGCAUUGAGGAAAGAGGUUGUGAAAAGUAUAGACUCAUGUCCUCACCCUAGGGAAACCAUUGAGGACACCAUACAAAAUGGCACACAGAUUAGCCCAGGGACUGACCAUGAUACUAGUAAGAGCGCAAUAAAAUCAGAAUGUAAGCCUCAACCUAAGCUUCAGAAAACAAAGGCAGAAGCGUUAUCAGAGAUAACUGACACUCAGCCACAGGCCCAAGGAGGCAAGAAGAAGAAGAAGAAGAAAGGCAAGAAGGGAGAGAGACAAGGUGAUGAAAAGCAGGAAGACUAUAAGAAGAGCACAACAGAAAAGGGUGUAGUCUCCAUGAAAAAUAGCACACAGAUUCCCCAAAGAACAAACCUUGAUACUACUAAGAGUCCAGUCGAAUCAAAGGCUAAAGUGUUGCCAGAGGCCACUGAUAUGCAGCCACUGGCCCAAGGAGGCAAAAAGAGGAAGAAAGGCAAGAAGGGAGAGACACAAGGUGAUGAAAACCAGGGAGACGAUAACAAGAGGAGCAAAACCGAAAAGGAUGUGGACUCAGUCUCAACAGAUAAGGAGCCAGUAGUGGAGGAAGUUAUCACAAUAGAGACACAGGAGCUUCUAGAGGGGACCGGUAGUUCACCAAAUCGAGAACUCCAAAGCCCUAAAGAAAAAGCACAAACCAUAGCUGAGGGAGGGAACCUGAAGGAAGAAGAACAACAACUAGCAGAGGGCCGAGUAGAGGUUAAGAGUGAGGAGCCUCCCAUUGAAACCCCAGAAGUAUCUCUGACGGACCAAGCCAAGAGUGAGGAAGUUGUCAAAAAGGACCACCAAAAACCUUCCAUGGAAUCAGAGAAAUCAGAAGGCGAGAUAUCAGUAUUAUGCCAUGAGUGCGACAUUGGUAUUGUGGAUCCUGUUAACCAGCAAUGUAUAACCAAUUGUGUAACCAGUGCUGAUAACCCUAAAGAGAAAUUCGAAUCCACAACAAAUACUGGUACCCAAAAAGACGAGUCAGGGUACACAACCAACCCUGAUAACUUUGUAGACUGCCUGAACUCUUCAGCUGACCCGAAAUGUCCAUUGGACUUGAAAGAGUCCACUGCUGAGAAUUCAAACAAUGUCAAAGAAGAAGAUGCAAUCAAGGUCUCAGUUGAUGAGACUCAAACAAUCCAAGACACAAAGGAAGAGGGAAUUAACUUUCACAGUCGCAUAGUUCUAAGACCGGCGCUCGAGAAGCGCAUGGUACCUGAAGACCUUAUCGCCAAUGAUGGUGUCAUUACUCACCCAGAGCAUGUUACCGAAAAUGCCAUAAAAUACCUGAAAGUGGCAGGUCAGGAUGAACAAAAUGGGAGCCCAGAUGAGUGUAAAAAUGCACUUGAACAUAAAGACAUUUCCAUAGCAUUGCCAGCAAGUGUAGAUAAAUGCAAAAAUGUAUCAGGAGAGAACUGUGGCACAUCGCUCGACAGCAACUGCCCUGCCCCUGAGACCAUAAGACAGCCUGAACAAUUGAUGGAUCUACCUGGUUGUCCAGUCGCUGACAAGCACUUAGAUGACAACAACGAGCCAGUUACACUUGAUGAAGAAAAGGCAUCAAAUGGAGGGAUCUCCACAGAGACCGAGCUGGAUGAUACAGAAACACGACUACAGGACCCUGUAAAAGAAACUCCGGAGACAAUUGACUCUUUUAGGGAACAGGGCUCCAAAGAAAGCAAACCAUGCACUAUGGUGGCCGAAGCAGAAGAGCAAGACGAUCCCAUUGAGGCCAAGCUGGAGGGUAACAAAGUACCUGGACCCAGUGAGCAGGGGAAUGGUGAGGGGGACGAUGAUAUUGAUGAGGGUCAAUUGUUUGACUUUAACGACCUAGAUUCGGUGGUUUCUGCAAAUGUGUUUCCAGUAACAUCCCAAGAGGUCAGCCAGGAGGUGAGAAUGAUGGAAGGCAACAAAAUGGAGGUAGAGCCAGAUAGAGAGAAGGCAAUCAAGGAAGAGGAAGACUGGGACAAGUCAACAGGAAAACCGCAGGGCACAGUAGAUGGAGUUAGCACAAUAGUGGCAAAGCAGCCACUUGAACGGGGGUCAGAUAGUGCACCAGAAUAGCUCCGAAGCCCUGAAGAAAAAGCACAAACCAGAGUUGCAGGCCAGAAUGCCAAUGAAGAACAACAACUAAUCACUUAUUUGUGUAAUAUACAAACAGAAAGACAUUGCAGAGGGAGUGUGUGUGUGUCUGAACAACAAUGUGUAGGUGAGAGGCUGCAGAAUGCAGCAGAGGUAGGGGCUUUGCCAGGAGAGGAGGAAAAUCCUGUAUGGGUCAAAGUAGGGUAGAAGAGAGCAUAGUCAAAGAAAUCUAGGUCAGGCUCGAAAAAGGGCAGUAAGAAAGGAAAAGGCAAGGGGAAAGAGGAGGACUGACGAAUCACCUAGUUUUUUAGGUCUGCCCUCAAUAGAAACUGCAAAUAUUUACGAUAGGAAUUGCAGAGUUUAAACUGCUGGAGCCGAAGCACCUUCAAUUCAAAUGAAUUCCAAAGCAAUCAGAGAGAUGUUUGUGGGUAUUUUAGCUCAUUUCGAUUAACCCUUUACACUCGUACCCAUAUACAGGUUGAAAAUGGCAGAAUUGGGCACUAAUAAGUGCCUAAAUUGGGCUGCACAGUAACAUGCUAUACAUGACGUCAGAGCUCUGGCUCUGCGGUUCACAACGCUGUAUGGGGUUUAACGAACAGCCGUUCUGAACAUGAGCACAGUGCGCGACAAGACGUUUCCCCCAUUCCUCCCAGUAAUUGGGCAACUUUUGUACAUUUUUGGUUGUCCGAGUGAGGGAAAAGCUCUAAAUUUAAGAUUACUAUGUAUUUUGAAAGAUGAGACGUUGAGGUUUAUAAUAACGCUUUGGCAUCAUACAAGCAAGCCAAACACCCGAGUCCAAAUUUGAACUUCAAAUUUCCAAAUCAUAAAAGUCAUUUCAUAUACUGUGUCAACGUUUAUGAUCACUAUGUUUGAUGUACAGUUGCAAGAUGACAUGGCGUUAUACCCUGGGUCGUUCUGGACAGAAUGAGCUUAUGUUUAUUGUGAAGCAAAUUUGCCAGGGCACACGCACCUUAAUUCAGUCAUGAUUCCUUUCUACGUGCACCAAAGUUUCUCUGAAUUGCCUUGUGAAUGCCUAACACUGUAAAAUUGUAUUUUAUAACUUAGCUUGUGUGAUGGCGGGGAUGAAGUGUUGUGUUCCAAAUGAAACAACUACAAGUGUACUUACUCUAGUUCCUCAACGGCACAGCUAGGAGAACUCCAAAAACUACCUUUUGUAGUUGAAGACUCGUCUUUGUGUCAUAAAAGUGCAUUGGAAAUUGCUUAGGAACUGUGCACACUUUGGAGAGGUGUAUGGCCAUUUCAAAUGACAUUUUAUUAGUCACAUACACAUGGUUAACAGAUGUUAAUGCGAGUAACGAAAUGCUUGUGCUUCUAGUUCCGACCAUGCAGUAAUAGCUAACAAUUUUGAAACUCCGAGACAAUGGAGACACCAGUUAGUCCUCUCACUCAAACCCUUGUCAUUUUUUUAGUCUUAUGUUGCACCUACCCCACAUUCUCCAGGAAUAGUCUUAUGUUACUGAAUUCGUUAACGAAUGCAGCAAAAAGUACAGUAAAUGUAAAAUGCACAUAAAAUCAGUGUAAUGUUAGGAUUCAGUAUUGUCAGGUGAACAGUUGUGUACUCACCUUUUGGUCUAAUAAUUGUCCCAUCUCAACUGUUCCUUUUCAAUUGCUACCAUGGUUAUGCAUAUGAUUUCUUCUGUAAGAAACGUUUCAAUUUAUCCCUAUCCAUAUAGGACAAUUCCCACGAGUGUAAAGGGUUACACAAUUAUUAUUUUUUUAGGUGAAAUGCUAUGCAGAAUCAUCUAUAAUUGUCUUGAGAUGUUGUUCUAUAUUAUCUUGAAUAGAUGUUAAUGUGCAUGACAUCCUGUAGAUCAACAUGGGUAAAAUGACGUUGAGUAGACAAUAUUGCAGUGGAUUAUAUAUUUAUUUUGUUAUUUCUUUAAACUAUGCUUAUGUCCCUGUAUUAUUGUCCUUUAUAUUGUACAAUGUGUUUUCCUAUGUGAAAUGCACCAUUAGUGUUUUCCAUGUGUUUUUUUUUUUGCUUAAGUGCUUUGGGAAGUUGGUCAUAAAAUGGGAUGGGUAAUCUUACCAUGCAGACUUUUUCCCCAAAUAAGCAGUAACUCAACUGAUUCAACUAAGAAAGCUAGUUGUAGUAGUUGAUAAGUUGAAUCCAUCAGGUGUGUUACUGCUUGCCUGGAACACAUUGGCCCUGGCAGGGUACAUCUCCCAUACUCUCCUAUAAGCACCUAUAUAAUGUAAUAAUAUUGAUAGAUUAUUUUUUUUUUUAAUGACUUAUUUCUUCUUUUUUCAUCUAUUCAAGGGACGGUGUUACAUCAAUGCAUGAUAAAGCAUCUAUAUAUUGUGUAAUUACCACGAGAAACAAAUGCUGUAGCAAUUAAUUGCACAUCAUUUAUUGUAAUACCUUUCAUCUUCACAAUGUCAAAAUGUUACCCAGAACUAAAAAAUAUAUUUACUAGAUUUGGUGGUAUGGUUAGGAAAAAGCGUUUGAUGAAAAAAACGAACAGAUGCGGUUGUCUCAAGUCUCUCAUGCCAUAAAAUAAUUGGCUGAAAAAUCCUCCUUGAUACAAGUCAAUUCCAUGUAGGCUAUGUCAGGUGAAAUCUAAGCCCUGGUCUAUUACUGUAUGUGCAAACUGUAAAAAUGCAUUGUGUUUAGUAUACAGUGCAUUCGGAAAGUAUUCAGACCCCUUUAUUUUCCCCACAUUUUGUUAUGUUACAGCCUUAUUCUAAAAAGGAAUUUCCCCUCAUACAAUACCCCAUAAUGACAA